GAGCACGGGCCGCUCACAACAAAAUAGUCCUGUAACAAACCAGACCGGAUCCACGUUUCUGUUCUGCUUUGCUCCGCCUCGGACCCAGUCACGGCCCUCGAACACGGAGGACAGCGAACAAUCUUACGGACCCAGCUGGUGUUCUGCAGAGUUUUUAUUAUAGAUCCAUGGUGUUCUGUCGAAAUGGGCUGCUCCGUCGAAAUGACGUGAUUUUCGUGCGCCUCUCACGCGUUCCACACAAACAAGACUCGGUUUACUCAAACAACGCAGAGGUUCUGUUUCCAAAUGUAGCUUCUUUAUAUUUAGCUCAGAGUUUGUUGCAAUGGCAGACAAGAAUCCACGACCAGAUCGCCGCAAACGAAAGCCCGGGUUUGAGGCCGUUCUAAGAAAAAGAGAACGGGAUAAGGAGCGAGGCCACACUAAGGUGAUUCUUGGAGAUUCCUUCCAGCGAUGGCGCGCACUGAAGCAGGAGAAGGGACUAAAGACGGACGCGUUGGUCGCUAAAUUUCUUCUGGACAGUUAUGAUAAUGUCUCGACUGCCCCGCUACCUCAAACUCGAUGGGUGAGACCCCCGCAGACUCCGGUUUCCACCAUUGUUCAGGAUUCGCUCUCAGACGGGGAUGGCAGCAGCAGUGAAGACCAAAUUUGUGCACCACAUAGAAAAACUAGAGAUGAACUGAUUGAAAACAUAGAUGAGGAAGAAUUCAACAGUCUCCAAAACACUACUAUCGACUGGGAUGAUGAAACCUGGACUCCAGAAAUGGAAACACAAUCACAGUUUUCCUCUGAAGAAGAUGAAACAAAGGACUUUGACUCUGCCUCUGAUGAGAGUCAAGAUCUACACUACACACCACCAAUUUGUCUGCGGGCUGGGGGUGCACUGAAACAACCAUUUUGUGUCGACACAUUGCCACAGAUUCACAUGGAUGAAACGGUCCAUGAUGAGCCUGACGACUGUGAAACUGUGGAAGAUGCCGUCCCUCCUGACACUGCUAUGGCUGUUAUUGAGAAAGACGUUUUGGGAAAACAAGCGUCCAUCAUCUAUCAUGACGUCUUGAAGCAGCUUCUAGAUUACCUAAUCCUACCUGUGGACAAAUGCACAGCUCAGGACCCUAUCUCAAAGGUGUCAUGUAAUGCACCAAGACCCUUUAAAGUUUCAGUGAGAAGAAGAUGCACAGCUGUAAUAGCAGAAUGGAUAUGUCCAAAUGGACACACCGUUUGGAACUGGAGCUCCCAGCGUUACUUUAAAUGUGGAAUGCUGGCGGGAGACUUCAUGUUGGGUGUUAAUGUCUUGUUGUCUGGAAGCAGCUUCCGAAAAGUGGCACUUCUCUUCAAAUUUAUGAAUAUGGGAAUGAUUGAUCCCACAACAUUCCACAAGAUCCAAGAUGACUUCUGUGUGGAUAACAUCACCAACUUCUGGAAGAAAGACACUGAAGGGAUCAUUAAUGAGUUAAAAGAGAAGGACUCUGUUGUGUUGCUUGGUGAUGGUCGGAUGGAUAGUCCAGGAUUUUGUGCACAAUACUGCACGUACACCAUGAUGGACAAUGACACAAAGAAGAUUGUUUACAUGCACAGCUCUGACAAACGAGAGACCCAAAGAAACUCCGUCACCGUGGAGAAGCACUGUUUCCUAAAAUGCAUGGACGAAAUCAUGAAAGACUUGACAGUCAAAGAAGUUUGCACUGAUGCACAUUCUCAGAUAUCUUCACUGUUCAAGAGUGGAGAAUACAAAGACAAAGGAAUAAAACACUCACUGGACGUCUGGCAUGGUGCUAAAACUCUCAGCAAAAAGAUUUUGGCUGCUGGACGUCAAAAGGACUGCUCCUUGCUGCUCACCUGGAACAGGGAUAUAACAAACCACUUCUGGUUCUGCUGUAAAACGGCUGAAACAUAUGAACACUUCAUGGAUCUAUGGACUGGACUUUUACAUCAUGUGACUGGUGUUCAUCAGUGGUGCUUUGGCUCUUGUGAUCAUGACCUGUUGGAAAGCGAAAGGAACAAGCCACUGAUUCCAAAAGACUCUGUGGCUCACCAGCGGCUACGUGAUUUAAUGCUGGAUUUGCGAUGGCUGAAGACUGUCACAAAGUUCCUGUCUUUUAGGUCGACUGCAGAGCUGGAGUCAUUCCACAAUCAUGUCUCGAUGUACGCUGGAAAACGCUUUGCAUUCUCCAAGAAGGUUUAUGAGGCACGAGUCCACUUGGCAUCGCUGGACUACAACAAUCACCUAAACAGAGAACCCAGGAGGAGAAAGGACGGCUCCACACAAAAAGGAAAGCUUUACAACAAGAGGACAAAGACGUGGCAUCUGUACACACACAAAGCCCCAAAAGAGUACAAGUACAUCCCUGAUCUGCAGACACUCAUACUCCGAUCAAGACUUUUGUCCCUGAGAGGAAUGGCUGAUAGUUUCCCUUCAAAACCCGAUGAUCCACAAAGGCUUGGGCCUCUCACAGGUGUCCAGUUCCCCUCUCUGCUUCCUGGUCUGACUCUACAGAUUAAAGAAGAACCCAACAUCAAACAGGAGGAAGAACAGCUGCAAGUGUGUGUCCUAGAGUUUAGUGCUGUGAACGUGAAGACAGAAGAGUCCUCAGAGGACAUCAAAACAGAGACAUUUGUCUACAUAGAGGACACAGAGGGAGAGGACAUCAAAGCAGAGACAUUUGUCUACAUAGAGGACACACAGGGAGAGGACAUCAAAUCAGAGACACACAUCCACUCAGAGACUGAGGGAGAUACAGAGCACUCUUCUGACAUUGACAUUGACAGUGAUGAAGACUGGAGAGCUCCACUCAACUGUUUACCUGUGCACACGGACACAGGAGCUGAUGGAAACCAAAACAACCAAGAGACCAGAGUUAGAAGAACCGCUGCAGAAAACUCACGUCUGUUCCUUAAAUACACGGCUGCAUUGGAGACCAGAGCCACUUUGAAUAAUGGAGACAUGGCAGGAGCUGAUGAAGAAGAUGAGAGCAGGAAACACAAGUGCUCCAUUUGUAAAGAGAAAUUUGGAUCUACAUAUAAACUAAAAAUACACAGGAGAGUUCACACGGGAAAGGAACCACUCAGCUGUUCAGUCUGUAACAAACUGUUUGUUGUAAGCUCUCAUCUCAAAAAACAUAUGAGGAGACACACAGGAGAGAAACCAUUCAGCUGUUCAGUUUGUAAGAAAGUCUUUGCCGAUAGUUCUAGUCUGAAACCACAUAUGAGGACACACACAGGAGAGAAACCAUUCAACUGUUCACUCUGUGAGAAAACAUUUGCCCGAAAGGACCAUCUUGAUUUUCAUAUUAUGACACACACAGGGGAGAAACCAUUCAGCUGUUCAAUCUGUAAGAAAGAGUUUACAGUAAGCUCUGAUCUCAAAAAACAUAUGAGGACACACACAGGAGAGAAACCAUUCAGCUGUACAGUCUGUAAUAAAGUGUUUUCUGUAAGCUUUCAUCUCAAAACACAUAUGAGGACACACACAGGUGAAAGACCGUUCAGCUGUUCUGUGUGCAAGAGAAUGUUUUCUCAACGCACUCAUCUCAAACAUAUGCGGACACACACAGGGGAGAAACCAUUCAGCUGUUUAGUCUGCAAGAAAGCGUUUGCUGUAAGAUCUGAUCUCAAAACACAUGUGAGGACACACACAGGGGAGAAACCAUUCAGCUGUUCAGUCUGUAAGAAAUUGUUUGCUGUAGGCUCUGUUCUCAAGAAACAUAUGAGGAUACAUACAGGGGAGAAACCAUUCACCUGUACAGUCUGUGAGAAAACAUUUGCUCAGAAGUGUCAUCUUAAUACACAUAUGAGGAUACACACAGGGGAGAAACCAUUCAACUGUUCAUUCUGUAAGAAACAGUUUGCUCUAAGCUCUAAUCUCAACAGACAUAUGAGAAGACACACAGGGGAGAAACCAUUCAGCUGCUCGGUCUGUAAGAAAGUGUUUGCUGAUAGUUCCAGUCUCAAACCACAUAUGAGGACACACACAGGCGAGAAACCAUUCAGCUGUUCAGUGUGUGACAAAGUGUUUGCUGAUAGGUCCAAUGUCAAAACACAUAUGAGAAAACACCACAACCAAGCGUGGAUUGAAUGAAUAAUACUCUGUAAAGCGUCUUUGAGUGUCCAGAAAAGCGCUGUGUAAAACUGAUGCAUCAUUAUUGUUACCAUAAACCACGUGUCUUCUCUGUGGACCAGAUUUCCAGCUCCUUCUGACUCUGGCUCUCAUUGACUUAUAUUGAAAAAAAGAUCCGUUCAUCUGUAUACGUUUUUCUUCACACUAGCGGGGAACUUUGAAUGUUUCUGUACUAUGAUCACAUUUGAGCUGUGGAGAGUUGAAUAAAUCACUUCUAAAUCUAA